AUGCUUAUCUCCCUCCAAUAUUCUUCACAAACCCAUCAAAGAAAACAAGAAAGAAAGUUUGAGAAAAACAAGAAGCAAAAAAAUCACAAAAGAAAAAGUUUCAUUCUCUGUAAUAACAAUGGUUUUCGGUUGGAGAAGAAGAAAAACCAGCCCCCAUGGAAACAAGAAGAAGAAGCUCCGCGAGCUUGCAAAAAUGGAGUUUGCGAUUCCUGACCAUUUCUUGUGCCCCAUCUCUCUGGAUUUGAUGAAAGACCCGGUCACAUUGUCAUCGGGUAUAACCUAUGAUCGAGAAAGCAUUGAGAAAUGGCUUGAAGCUGGGAAUUUCACUUGCCCUGUUACCAAUCAAGUCCUUGGAAGUUUUGAUCAGAUACCCAAUCACAGUCUCAGGAAGAUGAUUCAAGAAUGGUGCAGUCAGAAUCAAACCCACGGUGUUCAGAGAAUCCCAACACCCAAAAUCCCAGUCAUGGCAAUGGAGGUCUCUGAGAUUCUCUUCAGCGUCUCUGCUUCAACAGGACGUUUGGAUUCAAAGGGGUGUUUGGAAUCCGUGCAGAAAAUCCAGAAAUGGGCUGGUGAGAGUGAGAGGAAUAGAAAAUGCAUCGUGAUGAAUGGAACAGCAAAUGUAUUAGCCUCUGCUUUUGAUCGCUUUGCAAAGGAAUCGUUCGAGAAAAAUGCUAGCCUGUGUGAAGAAAUUUUGUCUGCAUUGAAUUGGAUGUUUCCUUUUGAUAAAGAAACGCAGUGGUAUUUGGGAUCUGAAACUUCUUUGAAUUGCAUGGUUUGGUUUCUAAGAAACAGUACAGAUCUUUCAGCGAAGCAGAACUCCAUUUUAACAAUGGAGGAGGUUCUUUCUUCUGGUGAUCAUAAAUAUGCAGAAGAACUGGCAAAGAUUGAUGGAGCUAAAGAAAUUCUGGUUGAAUUCAUUAGAAAACAAGUCAGUCCCACCAUUACAAAAGCUUCACUUAUGUCAAUCUUCUACAUGGCUUCAUCAUCUUCAUCUUCUUUAUCAGAGAAAAUCAAAUUUGAAUUUGUCGAAAUGGGUUUGGUUUCUUUGCUUGUGGAGAAUCUUGUUGAUUCGGAAAUGGGUAUGGCUGAGAAAGCUUUGGGAGUUAUGGACGAGCUUUGCGGUUGUGAAAAAGGAAGACGGAAAGCUUAUGAAAAUGCUCUCACAAUACCAGUUUUGGUGAAGAAAUUGUUGAGGGUUUCCGAAGUAGCUACUGGUUUCUCAGUUUCUGCAAUUUGGAAGCUCUGCAAAUUUGCAAGCAGAGAAGAAGAAAGAGCUCUGGUUGAAGCUCUCCAAGUUGGUUGUUUUCAGAAGCUUUUGUUGAUUUUGCAGGUUGGUUGUGGAGAUGAAACGAAAGAGAAAGCAACUGAGCUUCUCAAACUGUUGAAUCCUUAUAGGGCUGGCUUGGAAUGCAUUGAAACUGUGGAUUUCAAGAAUCUUAAAAGGUCUUUUUGAUAUUUUUCUUUUUCUUUUUUUUCCCCCUUUUUUUUGAAUUUUUUAUUUCUGGUGUGAAGAAAUUUAGAUAUGUUUAGUCUUAUAGAUUUUUUUAUUUUUUUAAUUGUUGAAAUCUUUGAGCUAGUGAUUUCAUAUAUUCAUAGUUUCAUUGAUACAUAUAUUGUAACACCUAGAUACAAAAUGAUGAGAAAAAGCAUCAUUCUGAGGAUUGAAAUAGAAGUGUUCAAAUCUUUCCAAAAAUAUAGCAGAAUCGGUAUCGAUAUUCGUCAUUGUUGAUCGUUUAAGCGCCGCCGGCCAAAAUAUUGGUUGUUCCCACUAGACUGCAUCGGUAUCCAAUACUGGCAAAAAUGAAUGUAACUUUGAUCACCUGCCUCUCAAAAAUGAAUGUAAAUUCUCCACUAAAAUUAACUUCUUGUCCAUUUUGAACUAUAAAAUU